AAACAAAUGGACUUUCCCCACAUGAAUCAAUAUUCAAGCCCUGAUCUCCCUGUUGAGCAAUGAGGCCAAAGAGAAGAGGGAGCUGAAAGAGAGAUGAGACAGAGGGAGGGCUGUGGGAUGUCAUCUGUAAAGAAGGAGAUUCUCAUUGGAGGCAUAGAGAAAGAGGAUUGCUAUGCAUGUUUUGAGGAAAAGAAAGGGGAAAAAGGAAAACAAAAAGCAUCUUACAUGCUGAAGCCAUCUUGGUCACACUACACUCUACUUACACAGGACUCCACAUCUGAUUGUUAUUAAGAAGAAUUGGGGGGAAAGUUCCAUCAAGACUAAAAUGAUGUCCUCCAAGUUUAAGUGGCUGAUUGUGCUCCAGCUCCUGCUGAAUGAACAGGCUCUGUGCAGGGUCCCACCUCCUCUUGUGCAGAGAAACAUUACGCUUCCAGGAGCUGACUUCAAUGAAGGGGAAGAGACAGACAAACAGGAUCAUCGGUCUCUUCUGGGAUCCCAAACCCAGAUUGGUAUCUCAUCUGCAGAAAAACCUGAUCCUGUUCGAGCUGCCAACCAAAUAAUGUCAGUCCUCAGGGCAAACCUUCAAGGGAAGAUUCAAGGGCAUCUCCACAUCAAGGGGAACGUCAGCUGUGAGGAGUUGCUCUCUGCUAGCACCGUGGACGACCCAUUAUCCUCCAUGUUCCCCCAGGAGCUCCUGGGUCUCUCUUUAGUGCCUGUGUUGGUGGUGGCAGGCUGCCCAAAGGAGGCACAGACCCUGGUGCUUAAGCUCUACAGCCUGCUGGGAGUAGCGGACACGGAGGAGCUUCUGAUGGAGGUGGAGGGUCUGAUAGAGAGGAGGAUGAGCAAGUCUGCAUCUACACCUGCACCUGCAUCAGCAGCAUUGCCUCCAGGGAGGGAUCAAGCAGGGCGCCACAUUGAGGCCGUGAUGUUUAACAUCCAGCAGCUGGCCAUGGUGGGAGAAGGUUCCUCCAAUCAUGAAGGGCAUUGUGAGGGUUGGAUCAGGUUGAGGGGAACGACACUGGCAGGAACAACUGUGGAAGGAGCCACAGGUGAUCUAGAGGAGGCUGUAGGCAACUGCGAGGGUUUGGGAGUCCUGUGUGCUGGUGUGACCAGCAGUGGACUACUCAAACCUGGGAAGUACCAGGCAGUAUUUAAGAUAGGCAGCAGCAUCCUGCCCUCUGAAUCCACAGUGUCUGAAUGUUGGAUCCGUCAAUGCAGCGCAGAGCACCACGGUUUGACUUCCACUGCUUCGGGUCGUCGGGUGAAGCGAAGCACCCAGAGGAGCUGCAUCAACGAAAGCGAGGAGCGUGUGUACAGCGUGAUGGAGUGGAUCCCUGCAGUCAGCACCCUUUACAACCUCGGCACAGCUGUGUAUUAUGCUUCAGUCAACUGCUCUGAAACAGCCAAGGAGAGAGCCAUUCUCAGUGCGGUUGACCUCGGCACGGAUGCUCUCAUGGUCGCCACAGGGGGAACUGCCGGGGUGGCAGGCUACGCCCUGGGUGCAGGGAUGAAGACCGGUGUGAAAGCUGGUGUCAAGUACCUGCUCAACUCCAUGAAGCAGGAUGAUGAUGUGCUAGUGAACCAGUUCAGCUGGGAGUAGGGCGUUGUCACCACUUUUUCAUCAAACAAUGACACAGGAUCAACGUUUGUUAACCGACAUGUUUGAAGAGUAGCAUAUUGUUUUACUACACGUAAGAUUAAUCGGAAAACAUAAUUACACGUUUUUGUAUUACUCACUCAAUUAUCUGAAUCACGUUUUUCGAAAGUAGAAAAAUAGUUUUUGUUAUUUUUUGUUUUUGAGUGCGCACCCAAACUACAUUAAAGUUUGACACAAUGAUUAUUCUUAAUUGAAGAUGAUGUCAGUGAUUUUUGUAAACUAAGUGAGAUAGCCUAAAAUAUGAUGCAAAUUCAUUUAAAAUAAAAUGUAAUUAAAUUACACAUUAAUUGUAAUCAAUGUCAAUAAUAUUUUAUGUAUAUAUAUAUAUAUAUCGAUAUAUAUAUAUAUAUAUAUAUAACGAGUAUGGUCAUAACGUAAACGUAAGCUAACAGCCUUUUUCCCCUGUAGAAAAAUAGUUGCUUUUGUGUAAAAUGGAUAGUUGAACAAAUAUUAAGCUGACAUGUUUGAAGAACUGGUCUCAGGAAACUAAACCUUCAAUCCUUCAAGACUUUCAUUUUCCUUUCCAACCAAUGUUUUUCUUCUGUUCACUCUACAUGUUUUCUCUUCCAUUAUAAUGGUUUAUCAGGUCAGAGUUACAUUCCCACCUCUGGUGUUAAUUGCAGGGACAAAAGACUGAGAUCUAAAUGUUGUGUUUUAUAUUCUUUUUUGCUUCAAAUGUCAAUACAUUAUAUAUUAAAUC